AGUAGAUUUGAAAACAAUUUUCCUUAUUGUAAUAAAAUAAUUAUUACACGCUAAUAAAAAAUAAAUGUAAAUAAUAAAUAAAUAAGAUAUAUUAUUUAUAUAUUUCAAUAUAUUUCUUUAUUUAUUGUAAAGUUAUUCUCAUAUAAUUUCAGAUACAACGGCGGUAAUCGAUUUCAAUAUAAAUUAGAAUGCGAAUGAACAUCUUUUGUGUUUAACUAUAUAUUAAAUGUGAUGUGUUGAGUAAAGUGGUUUUAAAACAUAGUAACGUAGAGCGGGCCAGCGAAUUCCGUCCCUAUAGCCGUCCUCAUAGCCAGAACGACAAAUUGAAACUAUAAAAAAACUAUAUAAAACUCAGUUUUCAUAAAUAAAAACUGUUAGCAAAUAAUAUUAAAUACACUAAUUGAAAUAUUUAUGCCAUUAAUUUUUUAUACGUCAUAACAACAAGUGGUCGUGUUUACAGAAGGAAAAUGAAUCGUUUUCUAAAAGUAUUUAAUAAAGGAAAAUGUCAUAUCAUUGGAAUGAUACACGUUGAUGCCUUGCCUGGUACCCCUAAGUACGCCGGCAAUUGGAAUAAAAUUCUCGAAAAAACACAAUAUGAAGCAAACGUUUAUAAUAAAUAUAAAUUGGAUGCUGUUUUAAUUGAAAAUAUGCACGAUGUGCCCUACGUGCAAGCGACGCACUUCACACCGGAAACAGUGGCCUGCAUGACACAUAUUGGCAGCGCAGUGAAACAAGUUUUGUCAAGUAGCACUCCACUGGGUAUGCAGAUUCUCGCAUGUGGCAAUAGAGAAGCUUUAGCAGUAGCCAAAGCAAUAGGUCUACAAUUUAUACGAGCUGAGGGUUUUGUAUUUGGUCAUGUUGCAGAUGAAGGUUACACAGAUGCAUGUGCAGGGCAAUUACUACGCUAUCGUCGUCAAAUUGAUGCUGACAAUGUGCUUAUAUUAACCGAUUUGAAAAAGAAGCAUAGCGCACAUGCCAUAACGCAAGACGUUAGCCUUUUAGAAACUGCGAAGGCAGCGGAAUUUUUCUUAACCGAUGGUGUCAUCAUAACAGGAAACUCUACUGGUCACGCAGCUAGUCCGGAGGAUUUAAACAAUUUAACAGGUAAAAUAAAAUCUCCAAUAUUGAUUGGUUCCGGUGUGACUACCGACAAUUUCCAUGAAUACUACAAUAAGGCUCAGGGUGUCAUCAUAGGUUCACACUUUAAAAUUAAUGGCCAGUGGGAGAAUGAUUUAUGCGAAAAGACAAUCGAUAAAUUCAUGCAGAGAUCAGCAGCACUUAAUGAAACAAAUGCUGCUAUUAGUAUAAGUAAAAAGGCAAAAAACAUUAACUAAAAUAAAAUUAUAAAAAAUAAAAU